AUGGAGUUGCAUAAAUACCUGUUGUGCCUGGAGUUCAUCCUUCUUCUUAAAGGGUUGUGUCAGUGUUUCAACAUAGAUGUAAAGAAUCCGCGCAUAUUCACCGGUCCAGAGGACGCUCUGUUUGGCUUCUCUGUUUUACAACAUGAAGCAGACGGAGAGAAAUCGAUGCUCGUCGGCGCUCCCUGGGACGGGCCGCCCAACAACAGGAAAGGAGAUGUUUACAAAUGCGUAGUGGGAGAGGAGAGGAACUCAAACUGCAGCAAAGUCAAUCUAGGUGAGACUGCUCUCCAUAACGUUUCUAAAAACCUGAAGAAUUCACACCUGGGAAUGACGCUCACUCCAGUCUCACCUGAUGGCUUUCUGGCAUGUGCCCCUCUGUGGUCUCAGGAGUGUGGUACGUCUAUGUUCAGCACUGGCAUCUGUGCCUCUGUCAGCGAUGACCUAGAACCAAGAGAGACCAUCGCUCCAACAGCGCAAAGGUGCUCCACAUACAUGGACAUUGUGAUCGUGCUUGAUGGCUCCAACAGUAUCUACCCCUGGUACGAGGUCCAAAACUUCCUCAGCAACAUCCUCAGCAAGUUCCACAUCAGCUUGGACCAGAUGCAGGUUGGUAUACUGCAGUAUGGCGAGGUAGCAGUCCACGAGUGGUCUCUGAAGGACUACCAGACCACACAGGAGGUGGUGGAGGCCGCCAAGAACAUCAGCAGACAGGAGGGACGAGAGACGCGCACUGCAUACGCUAUCCACACAGCCUGCACAGAGGCGUUCAGUGCUGAGCGUGGAGCAAGGGACGGCGCCAGCAAGGUGAUGAUUGUAGUGACAGAUGGAGAGUCACACGACGGGGAGGAGCUACAAGACGCUCUGGAAGAAUGCAUCAACAGAAACAUCACCAGAUACGCCAUCGCUGUUCUGGGUCAUUACAUCCGCCGGCAGCAGGACCCCGAGACGUUCAUUAAAGAGAUCAAGUCUAUCGCCAGCGACCCCGAAGAGAAAUACUUUUUCAAUGUGACAGAUGAAGCCGCACUCAAUGACAUCGUAGAUGCCCUGGGAGAUCGCAUCUUCACGCUGGAAGGCACUCUGGGCUACAAUGAGAGCUCGUUCCACAUGGAGAUGUCUCAGAUUGGCUUCUCCACACACACACUGGAUGAUGGCAUACUGUUUGGGAUGGUGGGCGCCUACGACUGGGAUGGUGGAGUGUUGAAGGAAGGGACCAACGGACGCAUCAUACCGCCCAGAGAGGCUUUUGAAAGCGAGUUUCCACUGGAGCUUAAAAAUCAUGCUGCUUAUUUAGGUUACACAGUAUCAUCUGUGAUAGUUGGUGACUGGAAGAGGCUGUAUGUAGCUGGAGCUCCUCGAUUCAAACACAAAGGCAAAGUCAUCCUGUUUGAACUCAGCAAUGAGGGCGAUGUCAACAUUGCACAGGCCCUUAAUGGAGAACAGAUUGGAUCCUACUAUGGCAGCGAGGUGUGUGGGCUGGAUAUCGACCAGGACGGCAUCACUGAUGUCCUUCUGGUUGCUGCUCCAAUGUACCUCGGCUCAGGAAACAAGGAGACUGGUAGAGUCUACAUCUACACCCUCAGUGGGGAGGAGGUGUUUGUAUCUAAUGGUACUCUGAUGUCAGAGGAAAAGUCCCAGGAUGCCAGGUUUGGUUACGCACUGGCAGCCGCACCAGACCUCAACCACGACGGCUUCACUGACCUGCUGGUGGGAGCCCCGCUGGAGGAUGAGCACAGAGGGGCCAUCUAUCUCUACCACGGAGAUGGUAUUUACAUCGAUCACAAUUACAAGCAGCGUAUUUCAGGGUCAUCGAUUUCUCCCAAAAUGCAGUAUUUUGGCCGCAGUGUGAGUGCUCGGUUGGAUUUGGAUGGAGAUGGGCUAAUAGACUUGGCAGUGGGAGCACAGGGCAGCGCAGUAAUGCUCAGCUCUCGAAGUAUAGUGCAGAUCAAUGUGAGUCUGUCCUUCGAGCCGCACUCCAUUAACGUCAUUCAAAAGACCUGCCAGAGGGGAAGCAGAGAGUCGGCCUGUCUCAAUGCCACUGCCUGCUUCACAACUGUCUCCCGCUCCCCUGGAACGCACAGCAACAGCUUCGAUCUGUGGGUGUCAGCGAUGCUGGAUGACAGGAAGUUGUCUGCAAGGGCGUUGUUUGACGACAGCUCCCACAGACAGACCCAGCUGGCAGUCCGAGUUCACACAGGACAAACUCUCUGCUACAAACUGCCCUUCCAUGUCUAUGACACGGCAGAUUACAUCCGUCCAAUAAGCUUCUCGCUGCGGUUUAAGAUCAACGACACAGAGAGUGGUCCAGUGUUGGAUGAGGGCUGGCCAACAACUGUCAAGAAAUCUAUCCAGUUCUUUAAAGACUGCGGUGAGGAUGACGUGUGUACAACAGACCUGGUGCUGCAGGCUCAUAUGGACGUCUCUGGGACGAGGCAGAAGCCUUAUGUGAUUCGCAGCCCUCGUAGGCGUCUGGCGGUGGAGGUGCAGCUUCAGAACAGACUGGAAAACGCCUACAACACCAGCCUGACGCUGCAUUAUUCACGCAACCUGCACUUCUCCAGCCUCAGCAUUAGGGAGGUUGCCCACUUUAAGAUUGAGUGUACAGCACUUGGUGCCAACAGCCACUCGUGUAAUGUCAGCUAUCCAGUGUUUCGCUCCCAGUCAAAAGUUAACUUCAUGUUGGAGUUUGAGUUCAGCUGCACAUCUCUGCACAGUCGAGUGCAGAUGAAGCUUCAUGCUGCCAGUGACAGUGUGGAGAGAGAGGUCACUUUGGGGGACAACAGUGUUCAGCUGCAGAGCUUUGUUCAAUAUGAACCAGACUUGUUUGUUAGCAGUGACUCUAAUUUGAACCGAUAUGAGGUCCACCCCACUCGUACAGUGUCGGAGGCAAUUGGACCCGAGUUCUACACACACCUCAGGCUGCAGAACCUCGGCUGUUACUCUGUGAGUAAUCUGGAGCUGAGGCUGCAUCUGCCCUCUGUAGCGGCAGGAGACACAGUCUUCAUGACAGUCACUGAUGUAUUUUCAUACAACGCCACAGGGGUGAACUGCAGCGUUCUGAGUGAUCUGGCACAGCUAAAGGCCAGACAGAGAGAUGUACGCUCCCUUCAUCCCGAAGACAUGAUGCAGAAUGACAUACUGAACUGCAGCAGGUCAUGGUGCACUGAGAUUGUGUGUGAAGUCCAGCAGCUUCUCAGCGGGCAGGCCGCCGUCAUUCGCGUCAGCCGCAGAGUUCAUGAUGACUUUUUCAGAAAAGCCAAAUAUAAGUCAGUGAGGAUAAUAGGUGCUUAUCACCUCACGGCUCAGGAAACUAACCUCAUCACUCUGGGCACAGGAACAGUCUGGAGGGAGACUGUACUGGAGGUGCUAAAGGGCCGAUCUAUUCCCAUCUCGCUGUGGAUUCUGAUUGGUAGCAUCAUUGGAGGUUUGCUGCUACUGGCCCUGAUCAUUUUCUUACUAUGGAAGCUGGGAUUCUUCACACGCAAACAGAGAGGAGAGGAUGAGAACCACGAGGACUGAGCUCAACUUUUGAUGCCAUGACAAGUCAUUUGCUAUGACGACCACAUGAGCUGAGUCCACGUCUUAGCAGGCACAGAGACAGUUUAGGACUCGAUACACACAACAGGGACCUCCAGGACCAAAGAGAGCAUCACGAGGGUGCAACAGAAAUGCACUACCCACUAUUUCCAGGGUCGGGAG